GGGAAAACCUCCCCUAAGCCCCCGAGCUAGCGCGCGGCUCCUUUAUAGGCGUCCUUGCCGUUCGCCGGCAGGCAGGUGGAAGGGGGCGUUUCGCUGGGCGGUUGAGCGGCGCGCAGGCGCGCGUCGGGCAGCCCCGCGUGACGCGCGGCCGGAAGGCCCCGUUCUGGAAGCAUCCCGGGCCCAUCCCGGUGCGUCCCGCUCGGCCCGGCCAUGCCCGAGAACGCGCCCGCCAGAGCCCCCGGCGGGGCCGGCAGCAAGGCCAAGGGCGCCUACCAGGACCGCGACAAGCCCGCCCAGAUCCGCUUCAGCAACAUCGCCGCCGGCAAAGCUGUUGCUGAUGCAAUUAGAACGAGCCUUGGACCAAAGGGAAUGGAUAAAAUGAUUCAGGAUGCUAAGGGAGAUGUGACAAUCACUAAUGAUGGUGCCACUAUCCUGAAACAAAUGCAGGUUCUGCACCCUGCAGCCAAAAUGUUAGUAGAGCUGUCGAAAGCACAAGAUAUUGAAGCUGGUGAUGGCACAACCUCUGUUGUUGUCAUUGCUGGAGCUCUUUUGGAUGCCUGUUCCAGACUCCUUCAGAAAGGAAUUCACCCCACCAUCAUUUCAGAGUCAUUCCAGAAGGCUCUGGAUAAAGGUAUCGAGGUGCUGACCAACAUGGCCCAGCCUGUGGAGCUCAGUGACAGGGAGACCCUGCUCAACAGUGCAACAACUUCCCUCAACUCCAAGGUUGUGUGUCAGUAUUCCAGUUUACUUUCUCCAAUGAGUGUUGAUGCAGUGAUGAAGGUGAUUGACCCAAGUACAGCCAAUAGUGUGGACCUCAGAGAUAUUAAAAUUGUUAAGAAGUUGGGAGGCACAAUUGAUGAUUGUGAACUGGUUGAGGGACUCGUCCUGACUCAGAAGGUGGCGAAUACCGGCGUAACCAGAGUGGAAAAAGCCAAAAUUGGCCUCAUUCAGUUCUGCUUGUCUGCUCCAAAGACAGAUAUGGACAACCAGAUUGUUGUUUCUGACUACGCUCAGAUGGACAGGGUGCUGCGUGAGGAGAGAGCCUACAUCCUGAACCUGGUGAAGCAGAUCAAGAAGGCUGGCUGCAAUGUGCUGCUCAUUCAGAAGUCCAUCCUGCGGGAUGCUCUCAGUGACCUGGCCCUCCAUUUUCUGAACAAAGUUAAGAUCAUGGUGGUUAAAGACAUUGAAAGAGAGGACAUUGAGUUUAUAUGUAAGACAAUUGGAACUAAGCCUGUGGCUCAUAUUGACCAGUUCACCCCUGACAUGCUGGGCUCUGCUGAGCUGGCAGAGGAGGUCAACUUGAACGGUUCUGGGAAAUUAAUAAAGAUAACAGGCUGCACAAACCCUGGGAAAACUGUGAGCAUCGUGGUCCGUGGGUCCAACAAACUGGUCCUGGAGGAAGCUGAGCGCUCCAUUCACGAUGCCCUGUGUGUCAUAAGGUGCUUAGUGAAGAAAAGGGCUCUGAUUGCUGGCGGAGGAGCCCCGGAGAUCGAGCUGGCGCUGCGGCUGAACGAGUACGCGCGGACGCUGAAGGGGAUGGAGUCCUACUGUGUCCGUGCCUACGGGGAUGCACUUGAGGUCAUUCCCUCCACCCUGGCUGAGAAUGCGGGGCUCAAUCCCAUCUCCACAGUCACAGAGCUCAGAAACAGACAUGCCCAAGGAGAGAAAACAGCUGGCAUUAAUGUCAGAAAGGGUGGCAUUUCCAACAUCCUGGAGGAGCUGGUUGUGCAGCCUCUGCUGGUGUCUCUGAGUGCUCUGACCCUCGCCACAGAAACCGUGCGCAGCAUUCUUAAGAUUGAUGAUGUGGUGAACACUCGAGGAUAAGCUGAGCAGAGAGGUGGGGACCAUGGCCUCGAGCUCCUGCCCUGUAGCUGGAAUAUGGAUUCCUCACCAAAAGCGCCUGUGUGAAUUGUCUUAAACUCCACCAAGACUGAUGUACUUUGAUCAGGUUUAACUUAAAAAACAGUUUGUUUUCAAAAAGAAAAUACUGUUUUAUCAAUAAACACGCAGUAGUCUACCUGA